AUGUCUCUGGACAUUGGGUUGUUUUCGGUUUUGGAAAAAAGUCUUUCCCUAGAAAAGUCAGAGCUCGAAGCAGCUCAGCACUUUCUGGAGGAAGCAGCCAAAGUAGACCUUUUUGGUUUGCUCAGACAGCUCAGUGAUGUUUUGGUUAACGUUGAGUGCUCUCCUCCUGUACGUAUGCAAGCUGGCAUCCAGCUAAAAAAUGCCCUGUACUCUAAAGACCCGGCGCUCAAAACACUUUAUCAACAACGGUGGUUACAGGCUCCAGUUGAUUUGAGGGAGUAUAUAAAAAAAAACUGUCUUGCCGCCUUAGGAACGGAGACUACGACACAUAGUUCCGCUGCACAAUGUGUGGCUUACAUCGCAUGUGCAGAAAUUCCUGCCCUUCAGUGGCCAGAUUUGAUGGAGCGAUUAGUAGAAAACGUUAUCACACCAAACAAAUCAGAGGCAUGCAAGCGUUCAACAUUAGAAGGAAUAGGAUAUAUUUGCCAAGAUAUAGAUCCCUGUAUUUUAGCUAGCCAGUCAAACGCUAUUUUAACUGCUAUAGUUUGCGGUAUGAAAAAAGAAGAACCAAGUGAUAGCGUACGUCUAGCAGCGACAAAUGCACUUCUGAAUUCUUUGGAGUUUACAAAACACAAUUUCGAUGUUGAUAACGAGCGAAACUACAUUAUGCAAGUUGUUUGCGAGUCGACUCAGUCGCCGAAUGCUCAAAUCCGUGUUGCAGCUCUUCAGUGUUUAGUGAAAAUAAUGUCUCUCUACUAUAGUUAUAUGGAGCCGUAUAUGAAACAAGCUUUAUUUGCCAUCACGUUGGGGGCUAUGAAGGAUUCUGUACCGGAAGUCGCCCUUCAGGGAAUCGAGUUCUGGUCUACAGUUUGUGAUGAAGAGAUCGACUUAGCUAUUGACGUUGCCGAGUGCUUUGAGAAAGGUCAACCUCCAGCGGUUUCUAGCAUGUUUUAUGCCAAGGGAGCCUUGCAGUUUAUCGUACCCAUUUUGAUGGAAAUUCUUGCCCAGCAGGAUGAAUCAAUGGAUGACGACGAAUGGAAUCCAAGUAAAGCCUCUGGUGUGUGUUUAAUGCUACUGGCACAGUGUUGCGAAGAUCCGAUUGUCAAUCUUGUCAUACCAUUUGUCAAGGAGAAUAUCAAGAAACCCGACUGGCGCUACAGAGAUGCUGCCGUCAUGAGCUUUGGCAGUAUUCUUGAAGGUCCAGAUCCUGCAGCACUCAAGCCCCUAGUAGAGUCUGCUAUGCCUGUAAUAAUCGAAUUGUUGCGUGAUGAGUCACCAGCUGUUCGCGAUACAGUUGCGUGGACUAUCGGACGUGUUUGUGAAACCCUUCCAGAAGUUGCUCUGCACGAAGCAUAUUUGGUUCCUUUGUUAACCGGAUUAGUUGAGGGAUUGUCCACUGAACCAAGAGUCGCCGCUAACGUUUGUUGGGCAUUUUCUAGUCUGGCUGAAAGUGCUUAUGAUGCCGCCUCAGAAAAUUCCGGUCAUAAUGGGGAACCGAGGACCUAUAUACUAUCUCAAUACUUUAAUGUGAUCACAGAACGUCUACUAGCAACUUCCAGUCGACCAGAUGGUGGACAGCAUAAUCUUCGUAAUGCAGCGUACUCAGCCUUGAUGGCGCUUAUGCGGUCUGCUGCACAAGAUUGUUAUUGUGAAGUACAACGUGUAACACUGAUUGUUCUUGAACGGUUAGAGUCAAUCAUAGGUUUGGAAAAUCAAAUUGUUUCACAUCAAGACAGAGCACAAUUUAACGACCUACAGUCACUUUUAUGUGGCACUUUACAAUCUGUUUUGAGAAAGAUAAGUAAAGAGGAUGCACCCGCAAUAUCAGACAAAGUAAUGUUAGCCCUCAUGUCCAUGUUCCGAACUACUACUACACCGGUUACUGAAGGCUCUGGCGACCAAUCUGUAGUCAACGGCGAAACAGAUAAGACUAAAUUCAGUGAUGGUGUGCAGGAAGAUGCAUUACUUGCAGUAUCUGCGCUUGUUGAAGCUGUUGGAGAGUCAUUUGUCAAAUAUGUGAAUGAUUUCAUGCCAAUUUUGGUCAUUUGUUUACGAAACCAUAGAGAAACACAAGUUUGUAUGAAUGCAGUUGGACUGUUAGGAGAUAUGUGUCGUGUUUUGAACAAGAACUUACUCCCACACUGUGAUGGUCUUAUCACUAUUCUGAUGGAAAUUUUACAAGAUAUAAAUGCGCACAAAUCUCUUCGUCCUGCUAUUUUAUCUACUUUUGGUGAUCUAUCUUUAGCUUUGGGUUCAGAGUUUUGGAAAUAUCUUCCUAUUGUUUUGGAAACAUUAAGUCAAGCUACACAAGCUGAAGUUAAUUUAGAGGAUCCUGAUAUGGUUGAAUAUCUUAAUUCGUUGCGUACUAGUUGUUUAGAGGCUUAUACUGGUAUUAUCCAAGGUUUAAAGGGAGAUGGACCACAAUCUACCGCAGCUUUGGAGUUUGUUGCUGGUCAUGUAUCUCAUAUAUUGUCAUUUAUCCAACAUAUUGGAGCAGAUUCAAUCACAACUGAAGAUCUUAUAUCUGCUUCAUGUGGACUGAUCGGUGAUCUUGUAUCGGCUUAUGGUGGUAGUAUUUUAUCACUUGUGGAAGUUGAUGGAAUUGCUUCUGUUUUACAAAGAGGUCGACGUGCUAAAGCAUCACGAACUAAAAAUUUAGCAGUUUGGGCUACAAAAGAAAUUCGAAAAUUAAAAAAUGCAACUAAUUCAACGGCUUCUUCUGAUAAAAAAAAUGUUCAGUUCAAAUGA